AUGGAUCCUGGUCCUUCGCAGCGUCGAAUGCCCAAAGACCUUUCGCAGGCAGACCAAGAGUCUUCAGAGUCUCCAAUGGUCCAAGAAACAUUUGAUUCUUCUGAGCAGCCGGAGGAAGGACCCUCGCGGCCACAAGUGUCCACAGAAGCACUUGAUCCUGUCCAGCAGAUGUUCACAUGGCUACACGCCGAGAGAUGGACUAUAUCACUGCCUGAAAGGAACCAAAGCAUGCCGCCUGCUCUUAGGGCAACCCAUAACAUUGACCGACUCUGCUCAACAUGCCAAGCCUUUCCCUGGGCAACUCUCUGGAAGCAAAUGCACCGUGGGAAAAGCAGCUGGCUACCGAGGCACCAACGACGUCGAUUCAGUACAAUGUAUAGCCAUCUCAAGUCGGCAUAUGAAGGCUGUCAUCUAUGCGCUUUGAUAUGCGUUGCCAUGUUUAGCCGUGGAGAGAGGACAGUGCACAUACCCCGAUGGCAAGAAUAUCAUCUGAGCUUCGACAAGGCGAGCACCGAAUGGAAAAGCAGAAUCGAGUCAGCGCAGAAGAGAUGGGACCUCGAUCAGUUAGACGCAGUCACCUACGUAUCACAUCGUAUGGAAGCUGGCAGAUGGGUGCUUUUGUUCGGAGCCCCAGGCUGCGAACCUGCUAAGCUUUCGGUCUCAUUUGCACAACGUGCAGAAAGUCCUCUUCCACCCACUGUUCGCUCUGAAGGGCGUACGAGUGAUUUCGCCAGGCAUUGGAUCUCAAUAUGUGAUCAAUCACACCUGUCCUGCAGACGGACUGGCUCCGUACUCCCAACCAGGGUUAUUCAACUCCAGGUAAUCCACGAAGAAUUGAAAGCCAGGCUACUUGUUACAAACGGGGAAGAGGCCCGCUACGCUGCUCUCAGUCAUCGCUGGUCUUCUUCAACCUCAUUAAGACUCACCACACAAAACCUGGAACUCCUCAAGAAGGGGAUCGAUCUUUCUGAGCUAUCACGCACAUUUCGUGAAGCAUUUGAAAUUACCAUCGGGAUUGGACUCCAACAUAUCUGGAUUGACGCCCUUUGUAUCCUCCAGGAUGACGAUCACGACUGGGCUAGGGAAUCUGCAAAGAUGGGCGAUGUGUACCGACACGCCGAUAUCACCAUUAAUGCCUUCACAUCAGCAAAUGGCAGUGGACAAUGCACCACGGCGUACGUACCUACUAAUCUGGUGGAUUAUGCAUGCCGGGUCGAGGGACGAAUGUAUGUCCAUGAGGAGGAUGGGGGACUCGCUGAUGUCUACGAGCUCGAAGGCGUCACUCAAACACGGGGUUGGAUUUACCAAGAGGAGCAGCUCUCCCUACGACGCUUGUACUGUGGACAACACCAUUUGGUCUGGAAGUGUGCGGAGAUGUGGGCGAGAAACGACAGGCCUUUUGGAUUUUCCGGGGAAGAAUUUGAUAAGCCCUUGAUAACCGGCUACCCAUUCUUGAAUUCGAAGCUCACUUUACGUCAAUGGCGUCAGAUGGUGCAAACCUAUACCAGGCGUACCCUGACAUACGCGGCCGAGGACAAGCUUCCAGCCAUAUCGGGGCUGGCCGCGGUGUUUGAACAAGGUUUCCCAGGCCAUCAUCUUGGACCUUACCUUGGCGGAAUAUGGAGAUGCGAUAUAUACCGUGGUCUCCUCUGGUACCGUGGGGGUAACUCUAUCGGCCCAGAUCGACGCAUUGAUGGGCCAUCCUGGUCGUGGGCCUCGUGGGACGGUCCGGUUGAUUUUGAAUUUGAAGACGACGAUGCCAGUUGGUCGGCAAGAAUGACAUGGCCACCUCAAAGAACUUACCCAUGCAAGGUGCGAGAGGCAUCAACGACAUUGGAGGACCCGGUUAACAAGUAUGGUCGAGUGUUGUCGGGCAGAAUCGUCAUCAAAGGAAAGGUGCUCAUGAACGCAGGGAGGUUGAACGAACAGUCCAGAAACACCAAUCCAGCGGAUCCAGCGAUCCACCUGGACUCUGACGCUACCUUCCCCGAGGAUAGCAUCUUGCUCCCCAUCACCCAUCGAUCAGGGCUGCUUCUGAGGGGGGAUCCGAAGACCACCACAGAUGCGACGCCCGUCUUUCGGCGGGUCGGAUUGUGUGUACGCCCGGAACGACAUGAAGAUUUCGACUGGUUGCGUGCUCCACGGUGGCAGAUCAUGGAGCUGGCUCUUGAAUAG